AAUUUAGGAUUGAGCCUGAGGGAUUAACCAAGUGGAACAUUGAUCUGUGUCUAGUUUACACUUGUAUUCUGAAAAUCAUACACCGGAAGUCGCUUAAUAGCUGGGGCGUAGUUGCGUAGCAGCUGCAGGGAAAUAUCCACAAUGGCUGAGACCCACAGUUUACACGACCUUCAGCAGCCAACUGUCUCUUCCAAGGUGUUCGUCCAGAGAGACUACGGCUCAGGAACCAUCUCCAAGUUCCAGACCAAGUUUCCCUCUGAACUGGAGUCUAGGAUUGAUAAGCAGCAGUUUGAGGAAACCAUCCAGACUCUAAACAACUUAUAUGCAGAAGCAGAGAAACUAGGAGGGAAGUCUUAUUUGGAAGGAUGUCUGGCUUGUCUAACCGCCUACACAAUUUUCCUCUGUAUGGAGACACACUAUGAAAAGGUUUUAAAGAAGAUUGCUAGAUACAUCAAGGACCAGAAUGAAAAGAUAUAUGCUCCCAGAGGCUUGCUGUUGACAGACCCCAUUGAGAGAGGCCUCAGAGUUGUUGAAAUUACCAUCUUUGAAGAGAGGAGUAUUGGCUCUGGAAGAUAAAGAACCUGGCAGAAGUGAAGAGUUCAAAUGAAGAGUCCGACUGUUGUGAGGGGCGAAUUGGACCUGAAAUCUGUGAAACUUUUCUCGAUGCAGGGUCACCAUCAAUCAAUUAGGAUUUUUCUAGAGAGUUUCUUCCCAAAACUUCAGCCAUGAACAUUGUUUUAAAAUGAUAUAUUUUAUGCCGCAUUCAAAUUGAUAUCGGACCACUUUUAAUGUACUUAUUUUUUUAUCAUUCAGACAGACAUAUACUACCACAUAGCCAAAACAUAACACGAUAAUCUCCAAUGUCUGUAUGUAUUGGCUAUUUUAUGUUAUUUUAAUGCUAACAGAAUCUUCUUCUUUCUUCCUACCUCUCUGUAAAGUGUGAUGAUUCUGACCAGAUACCUUGCAUCUGUCUGGCAGCACAUAUUGAGAUGUCUGCUUAACCUGAAUCAAUGUAUAUACAUUUGAUCUGAUACUUCUCUCUGUUAUUUAUAAGUACCCUACUGUUUGCCUAUCCCUUAUUAUGUUUAUAAAUGUGUUUUUAUACAUGUGGUGAUGUAUAAAUCAUGUCCCAAUUGAUCAAGAGUGAUCUUUUGUGAACAGUGCCAUUGUGUUCAAUGCUUUUUGACCAUGGUGUGUAUGUACAGCUCCGGAAGAAAUUAAGAGACCACUCAAUGUCUACAUGUAUUGCAGCCAUUCCAGUGUCUGUUGAAUUCCAACACAGAGAAAGGUUGUCAGUAGUUUAUAGAAAACAAUACAAAAUUUAAGAAAUCGUUUAACUCAAAGACAUAUAAAUAAUAAAACAAGGGAAGAUGAUCAUGCUGAAGUGGUCUUUUUUUCCGUGGCUGUAUAUAUAAGUGAUUUUUCACUUGCAAGGCAUUUUAAGUCAAAUAAUGUUAAGCCAAACUGUCAUAAGAAAUAUGUAGAAAUAGAGCUGUUGGUACAGUCUGUAAACAGUAAUCCUGUUAUGGGCAGUGCUUCACAGUAUUGACAUGCUGGGUGUAGCCUUUGUUGAGGCAAAUGUGUUCUUGUCAGUGCAUGAAUGUGACUUUUUGGUCUUGUGAAACAUGCUGUCUUCUGAACUGUUUUUUUUGUGAGUGAAGAAAGAUCUUGGGUACUGUUAAUAAGUUCCAUCACAAAGUAACAGCAUGACCUAGUACAUUUUGAGAAAUGUCCAUCUGUGUCAACAGUCCUGAUUCACCAUUGAUAUUGCGAAUGUGUUACCUUUUUUGAUUAUCAACAAACCACCACAGAGACCUUAAACACUCAUCCCCACAUAUGAUUGCUAUUGUUGGUAUUUGAUACACCUUGUGUACUUUUCUUAAACAAUAAUGCUCUGUUGUAUCUCAAUAAAUUUACUUUUUUCCUGAAA